GUGUGUGAGAUUAUGUCACUGUGGUCUGUCCCUUCCACACCACACACACAACACAGAAUGUCUCUGUCGUCCCCACUUCAGAACCUCCCUGCGAUAAUCUCCACGAACGGUAACGCCACCGCAACGGCGAGGGCAGCGAAAUGGCGGCACUGGGCGGUUAACACCGACACAACCACCGCCGUGGCCAGCGGUGGAGUCCAAACAGGUGGUUAUGAAGAAGGAAAUUUGGUUCGACCCAAGUGGACUGGAGAGACCCCCCUGUCUCGUUUGGUUCGAGCUCUUAUCUCCUUCAAGCCCUUAUACUCUUUCCUCAAGCUCGGUGCUAGGCAGGUUCUGAUAAGUACAGCUGAGAAGAACAACAUACCUUGGAGGGAAAUGACCAAAGAGAUUUUAGAGUCCGAAGUGUACAGGGAGUUGGACAGCAUUCAAAACCGCUCUUUAGUAUAUCCGGAUUAUUAUUUGAAUCCAUUCCAUGCGUAUGAUGAGGGCAAUCUUACAUGGUUGGCAGCGGCAGAAGCUGAGGCUGCUACAAUGUCAAUGGUGAAAAGAACAAUUCCUGAUGCUUCUUCGGUAGAUGAAGCAAAUCAGGUACUGCGUGGAAAUUGGCUUCGUGCAAUUGAACAACACCACAUGCAGUAUUCACAAACAUCCAUGAUUGAUGACAUUCUAGAUAUUGGAUGCUCUGUUGGUGUAAGCUCAAGAUAUCUCGCAGACAAAUUCCCUACAGCCAAAGUCACCGGGCUAGAUCUGUCACCCUAUUUUCUAGCUGUGGCUCAGCAUAAGGAAAAGAAUGGAAAUCCUAGAAAGUUUCCAAUUAAAUGGAUACAUGCAAAGGGAGAAGACACAGGCUUGCCUUCUAAAUCAUUUGACAUUGUAUCAAUUGCUUAUGUGCUGCAUGAAUGUCCUACGAGAGCUAUAGUGAAUUUAGUAAGGGAAGCAUUCCGCCUGCUUCGGCCUGGAGGGACGCUAGCUAUGACAGAUAAUUCGCCGAAGUCGAAGGUCCUACAGGAAUUGUCUCCAGUUCUGUUUACAUUGAUGAAGAGCACAGAACCCUUUCUUGAUGAGUACUACUUGACUGACAUGGAUGGAACACUGAGAGAAGCUGGUUUUGUGAACAUAACAUCAAUUCUUACUGACCCCAGGCACGUGACUAUAACGGCAACUGUGCCUAUAUGAAAUAUCUUGAAUUUUCCUUUUCUUUUUUGGUGCAUAAACGUCUUCUUGAUUUUGGCUUCAAGCACGUUUGCCCUUGUGCAAUUAUUGUGUUGUGUCCUAUUCUAGAUAGUUACAGUGUCUAAAACUGGUAGAUGUACCGUGUACGUUCAGUUGAAGAAUGUGGUCCAAAAUUAUUAGAAUUAUUUAUCCAUGGAUCAUUCUGAAAUGUUCUUUCAAGCUGAUCAAAACAUUUGUAAUUCAUCAGAUGUAGUAUUAUGGUUUUUUCUUAA